AUGGCUGCGGCGGACCGGCCCCCUGUUAGGGAAGGGAUCCGGAUAGUUUUUUUGUGUGUCGGCUGGUACACGGUGAGCUCAGGGGGCAACAUCGUCAACAAAAUCAUUCUCAAUGGAUUCCCAUACCCGGUCACAGUUUCUCUGUUUCACAUUAUCUCUAUCGUCGUCUUCCUCCCGCCGCUGUUGCGGGCAUGGGGAGUCCCCACAACAGAACUGCCGAGCAGGUACUACCGGUGGUACAUCCUGCCUUUAGCUUUCGGAAAAUACUUUGCAUCUGUGUCGGCACACUUCAGCAUAUGGAAAGUACCCGUUUCAUACGCGCACACCGUCAAAGCUACAAUGCCAAUAUGGGUUGUGCUGUUAUCGAGAAUUAUCAUGAAGGAGAAGCAAACCACAAAGGUGUAUGUAUCGCUCAUCCCCAUCAUUGGAGGAGUGCUGCUGGCCACAGCGACUGAGCUGUCCUUUGAUGUCUCAGGACUAAUCAGCGCUCUGGCUGCCACACUCUGCUUCUCUAUGCAGAACAUCUUCUCCAAAAAGGUGUUGCGCGACACAAGGAUCCACCACUUGAGGCUGCUCAACAUCCUGGGCUUUAAUGCUGUUUUCUUCAUGCUGCCCACCUGGGUUCUGGUGGAUCUCUCUGUGUUUCUUGUGAAUGGCGACCUGUCGGACAUCUCGGGAUGGUCUGGUACCUUCGUCCUCCUGCUCAUCAGCGGCUUUUGCAACUUCGCUCAGAACGUCAUCGCCUUCAGCGUACUAAACAUCGUCAGCCCGCUCAGCUACGCCGUCGCCAACGCCACCAAGAGGAUUAUGGUCAUUAGCAUCUCCCUGCUAAUGCUGCGCAACCCGGUCACCCACACAAACGUCAUGGGUAUGAUGACGGCCAUAGUCGGGGUCUUCCUCUACAACAAGGCCAAGUAUGACGACAACAAGGAGAAGAAGCUGCUGCCCAGCUCCAAGCAGGACCUAGUUUCCUUUGACAACCCGGCGCUGGAGAAGAUCCAGGCCAACGGGUCAGUGCCUUUCCCCCACGGCUCAGAGCAGCAGCGCAACUGGAACAACGAGCUCACCGACCACUUCCAGUACAGCCGGCAGGCCUACACGACAAACUCCAGCAGCACCCAUCAGUACGUCGUGUGAAAGAGGAGUCUGCCCUCGAUCUGGGUGGCUGUCAUAGACAUUACUGUGUAGCCGCCCCGCCCCCCCCCCCAGCAGUGGGACACAGCUCCGCUCCAAACACGAGACUGAAGGCAAGUGCUGUUUGUUCUGGAUAUGGAGAAUGAGAUGGCCAGUGACACGACCGCUCUCCCACGCUGCGCCCUUUCACUUCACUUUCUUACAGCUUUGCUGUACGUCAUUGUUUAUUUAUUCAUUUGGUUCUCGUCUGUCUUGUGAUGGUCCGAGAGGAAACAAAAUCACAUGUUUCAUACAUUUUGGUGACGGAUUCAACCAUGUUAUCACAGAAAAAUAGGACUGCAGGUGGACACGUAAAAAGGUUGUUGAUGAAUGAUUUCCCCCUUACUGUCUGGAAAUGUCUGAGCCUGCCAUAAUUCACUUUGGGCUAUUUAGUUCACGUUCAGAGGGAAGGAUGUCCGCUGUAACUUUUUAUUUCAACACUAAAUUGCACCGAAACAGUCGGUUAUAUUUUGUAACAAACACAUCUCUGUGGAAGGCCUUCACAUUUAGUUUUUGUUUCUUCUUGAGGCACCUGUAAUGAUGUGAGGAGAAACAAUCGGUUUAAAGUGUUGUGUUUCACUCUUCUAAAGCUUGAGGCCGCUGGGACUUGUUUGUAGACGGUCACUUAAAGAUUUUGAUGAUGCAAUAAUCCGAUCAGACUCUCACUCGGUUUUUUGGUAAUGUCAAUCCACCCCCAGAAAGUCAUGUUCCCAGAGUAAUACCGUUUAAAUCUUUGAAUGGAUUCUCAUGAUAUUUGGUUCAGACACUCGGGAUGACUUGUCAUCACUUCGGUGAUCCUCUGAAUUUGAAUCUUGCACCAUCAUGAGGUAAGAAUCGCAAUUAUUUUAUGACCAAAUUACCUGUAAAACUAAUAACAAUUCCCAUCAGCCUCAGCUGUACUUUGUGUUUAGUGCUAAUGUUAGCAUACUAGCAUGGUCAACUUUAUACCUGAUAAAGAUCAGCAUGUUAGCAUCGUCACUGUGAGCAUGUUGGCAUGGUUACGGCAGCAUUUUUAAACUGCAAUCACUUUCCAACAUGGUUUAAAAUUACAUGUGCCUGAUGAAGAAAAAUGCCCAAAUUUCUAAAUAAAAAUAAAAAGUUUUCUCUCCUGUAAGGCGGUUUUUAUUUUCAGCCUGAACCAAAGCUGCUCUCAAGUGGAUGUUUGUUUAAACGGAGCUCGCACAUCAUGAAACGACUGCUUGUGUUAUGCAGGUUGUGACGGUCUGUCCUGCUGUUUUUAAUUGAAAAUAUUUUUGCAUCAUUGGCGUCAGACCGAUUCAAAAUGAGACGUGCAUGAAAUCACAGGUUUGGUUCGUGUAAUUAAUUUGAUUCAACUUUUCGGACGGACAAGAGAUUUGAUUAUCAUUAUUGAUUACACGGUCUGCUAAAUUGUUAACUAAUAAUCAUUUACUGAUGAAAAGCCUUUAGUAAUGCUUGAAGAACUAUUUAAUUUAGCAAGCAUCAGUCACUUGCUUUUCUCCUUGAAGGAUCUUUUUGUUUUUGGUCAUUCAAAUAUCUCUGAGCAUCUGAAAUGAAUGUAUUUCUGCUCAUUUAUUUUGUAGGGACAUCGUACGUUAAUUGAAUUUGUGUAAAAGCCAGUUGUAGCCUGUGAGCUUGUUUUAUUCAGCUGUAGUCCCUGGUAGAUGUGGGUAAGGGGAUAGUGCGUUUUUAUUCUAAUAAUAAGGCGUUCCUUUUUUUUCUUUUUCUUCCUGCGUUUGUCUCCUGACAUUUAAAACACUGUCACAGUAUUAAGUCUGGGGGUAAAGAGCUCUGUGGGGUCGGUGCGCUCCGGGCUUCCCAUGGACAAAAUAGUAUCAAUAAUUGUCCUUUAUUUUUAUUUUUUUCUAUAUAGAGAAAACUAGCUCCUAGUGCUGAGAUAGUUUGUAGCUGAUCUAACUUGUAGGAUCUUGGGAACCUGUAGCCGCUCUGUUUUUCUCAGCAGGGAGGGAAAUCACCAUCGCCUUUUUUUGAAGGAAGAUAUAAAGUUGCCUGUUUUACACGUUCAGUAUGUUGUCACAUAGUGAAAUUCAACAGCCCGGGAAUAAUUACUACCUUGUUCAAAUGUCCUUUUUUUUUGUUUUUGUUAAGACUGCUGCUGCAGUUGUCUGUGUGCUGACUGUUACUACACUUUGAGGCUGUACUUUGAGGCUCUACUUUGAGGCUCUACUUUGAGGCUCUACUUUGUGGCGCUGCACUGCGUUAAGUUGAAACGUAUAAGCAGAAUUAUCAGAAACUCCAAAGCAGCCUCAAAAUGAUAUGAAUCUAAACCUCGGAGAACUCUGGAGUCCACAUCAACAACGUUAGCUUUUAUCUACUAGGAGGUUGUUAUUUUCACUUAAACAGUUUUAAGCUCAAAACUUUAUACCAACACUUUCUAUAUUAACAUUGAAUUAAAUGACGGUUAUAUGAAAGCGUUGCUAAUGACGCGGCAGAGAAUUAAAACCCCUCUCUGCAGCUCUGUGAUUGUUUGCUUUUACAGCCGCAUUUAUGCCGUAUAGUUAAAUGUAAACGCUGUUAUCAACUCCAUUAAAGCAGCCGUUUAAUGCACCUGUGAUAAAUGUCCCUUUAGCUACCCUCCCAACACCAAACACGGACUUUCUUGAGAACAAAGUGGAGCAGUAAGGCGGCACGAAUACAUGUUUAUUUCGCUGCAACAUCUUCUUAGUUUCUACCACUGUUAAGUGAAGAAGCAGAUGUCUGAUAAUACUACAUUGAGUACCUGCCCAGGUGGCUUACUAAACACUAAGCACUCUAAGUCGUAUGUAUUUACUGAUUCUAUUCCAAACGGCUUUGUUCUUGUUGUCUGAAACCGGUGGAUCCUUUAACUUAGAAAGCUGAUCGUUGCCUCAUGUGAAACUAUUUUUGUAAAUAUCAAAGAGGGAAAUCGGCUCCCUUGUAAUCAUCACAAAUGAUUUUUACAAACUAUCAAAAUUAGAAAAUAAAAAGGAAACUUAAUCUGUAUAUCAGACUGGUGCAAUCAAGUGAAAUGUAACAUAUCGUGCACCCUCACAUGAUUAGAUCCAUCGUCCACUCGUGUGGGGAGAGUAACGAAGUAUCUAAAUUAACAACUGAGAAAUGUGAUUACAUGUGUAACAGCAGUGUGACAUCCAAGCCAAACUAUUCAACAACAACAAAACGACACAAUCCUUUCAUAGUUUAAGAAUGUAAUGUGAACAUGCAACCUGCAGAAAGGAAUAAAGUCACAUAUUGUAAAAAAAAAAAAAAAUGUUAUACCUCUUGUGUGUCAGCUGCUGCAGCAAAAGUCUCUUGGAUUUCGU